AGCGACCUUGGCUCAAGCCACUUCGACGAGAGGCCUCUUCCGUUGGCAGCCCUUCUCGACGAGAGGCCACCUCAUGCCGUGCUGGGGCGAACAUUUUCUUUGCCGCGAGUGCCAUGCUGAAGCAAAGGUGAAGCUCGUCGCCUCUGCUGCUGUCGGCCUUCCCUUCUGGGGAGUGGGCAGCAUCCUGACGGGUACGGUGGCGGUGGGGAUUAUGGAGCGCCAUUGGGAAUACAAGGGCCAGCCCGGUCGGUGCGCGCGCUGCGGACGCGCCUGGACGGAUCGUGACGAGCAUGCAGGCAUGGAUUUGCUGAGUCGCUCGCAAUGGGGACAGGCACGCGAUUUGCAAAGUGUGCAGGCGGAGUUCAAGUCUGCAAUGUCGUUCACUCAGCAUGUGUUGUCCCAAGAGCCAUCCAACGAGGCCGAUCGAGCAAUCUUGCCGCAUAUCCUCAAGGCUAUGGCGGGCAAUCCAAACAAACAUUAGUAAAAACUGAGAUAACACAAUGAAAAUAGUUAAACAUGAAGAGCAAACAAAAAAAAGGCCAUGGCGGGCAACCGGCCUGUGAGCUUUGGGCGGCAUGGCAGUACGAAUGGCAGCGCGCUGCAUGUACUGCACUCGCUCGCGCAGGGAGUUCCGGAGGAAGAAGAAGAUUGGGAUCUCAAGUUGUCCUCUCCCCCGAGUUGGUGCCGGUCCUCAUCCAUAGAAGAGUUGCGCUCGGACACCCGCGCCAAGCGCGAUUUCAUAGAUGGCGCCAGAGAUCGGAUUGCGUCCAGCCUUGGUGUGGAUGUGAGCAAGGUCAACGUCACAGCCAUAGAGAGUGGCAGUAUUCAUCUGAAGUACACGGUCUCCGACCUGACGCUCAAAGAGAAGGAGCGCAUCUUGCAGGCUGAUGUCACUGGGAAGCUCCGGAAUCAGUUCGACACGUUCGUUGCUCUCAAGGUGUCGCCGGCGGUGCUGGCACUCCACUUUAAUUUGGACGAUAUGGACGAGAAGGGCAACAAGAGCAGCCAUGAGUUCUCGAGCACACAUCAGGUGGGCCCACCAGGCAAGCAGCGCACGUACUUCCAGCCAUGCGGUUGGACCCGUUAUGGCUUCAAAGUCCUUGGAAAAUACACGGGGGACACAUGGUUGCACCCGUUCCAGGACGCAGGUAAUUGGUAUCGAGCAUUCCAUAGCACGGGCAGGUCAAACGAUCCUAGCGCACCCAAAAAGAUUGUCGACGGUGGUUUCCGUGCAAGCGCUGGUGGUAAGUUGGGUGCAGGCGUAUAUGUCACUCCAAAAUCCCAGUAUUCAGAGGCGCAUUAUUGCGCAAAGAUUCAGCUUCAGACCACCAGUGGGCCAAAGGCUUUCUCGUACAUGCUGCAAGUGGCCGUGCGGCCUGGCUCCAUCAUCAACGAAGGAUACCCAGAUGGAUCUGGAAUCAAUCAGGAGUGGACGGUGGACCCCAAGGAUGUGAGGCCCUACGGCUUGCUGGUUAAAGAAGUGUAGAUCAUGGUGUUUCGCCUGAGACGGGCGCAGUGUGAAGGAGUUGCAAGAUGUGGCAAGGUUGUUUGGGUUUGGACCUCAAGUAUCAAGACCGAAUCAUCCACCUGACAUGCCAGCGGCAUGGUGGGUGGGGCUGUGUGCAUAGGAUUGUGCAGGAAUUUGGGUUUUGUGUGCACAUGGCAGUUUGACAGAUUGCACUUGUGUCGUGUAUUCUGCCUAGUGUGCAGAAUUUGCACUAGUCUUCAUAUGCCGGUGUAGUACGCGGCGCGUUUGCAAGCAGACAUAGAGUGUUCUUCAACGGUAGUUGUUGAAUGGUUUCCCUUAUUCAACGGGGGUCGGCGGAUAUCAUGCAUUCUGCCGAGAGAGCAGAAUAUCACUUGUCUGCUUAUGCUGGCGUAGUACGAGGCGCGAGCAGACUACGACACAGCACAAUCUUUGCAACGAAAGUGACGAUGGCAAUAG